AGUUCGUUAAACUUUAUUUGAAGUGUAUUUAAUGGACGGAAAUUUGUUGACUUGUUUACGGUGCUCCGGUAUUUUUCUAUACUUCCAUGUAACAGCUCGCUAAUUUAAAUAACAGCAAAGGUGUCGAGAAUUAUUGAAAUUCGAGCGCAAGUGAUGGAGGUACUAUCGAGCGAAAAAUAUUUGAUCGCGAGGGCUAAAAAGACCGCCGACCCAUACACAGCCAAGGCAUGGAUCAUUGCAGCAAAAACCUUGUUUCCAAACGACUUUGGGGUUCAAUUCGAGGCUUAUGAAAUAGAGAAGAAUGGCAAAAACUUUGAAGAGGCUGCCAAGUGUCUCAGUUAUAUUAUCAUGACGUUCCAGAACGCGCAUCAAACACCGGCAAGUUUGUUGAACGAAAUCUCGCUAAUGACUGCGGCUCUGCGAGUUCCUGAGGGAACCACAACGCCAGAGCAAGAGUUUUAUGUCAAAAUGUUCCAGUACAUAUCCUACGAAGUGCAGCAUAAAAUAUUGCUGCUUACAGCGGCCCAUUCCAAUAACAAUCUGGAUCACUGUCGCCUAAUUUUACUUCUGCUUAAACGGUUUCCUCAAGCUAUCUCUACUCAUGCGCCAAGGCUCCUAGAAACAUUAGUUCAAAAUAUCGCCAUUCCCAGCUUUAAAGAAAUGCUUGUUCAGGAAGCUAUUCCUCUGGUAUUCAACAGGACACCAGAGUUGUCGAAUAAAUUGGUCCAUCAAAUCAUGGCCGUUUGCUUCGAAUACUAUUUGAAUCAGAUGCUGAGUGAAACAGAAGACAAAGUUCGAUUAACUGCGGAGAAUUGGCGAAAAAUAUUCGAGUUACUCGAUUUUUGUGGUAAAAUUUUGAAAUGGGAAGUUUUUAUGCCUUACAAAAAAAGUUGGAGUAAAGAUAUCUACUGGCAAAAGAUUAUCCAUAUCGUACAAGCUGCUCCACCUAGACCAUCUGAAAACAAACAAAUACUGUUUUGUGCAACUAUUAUAUUUGUUUUAUCACUGCAAGAAUAUAUUCAGUUUUCACAUCUCAAGCAGAAAGACAACGACAUCGAAGUUAUUCUGAUGGAAGGUUUAAAGGAGAUCAAGUUGGACAUUAAACGACAUCAACAUGAGAACGUAAUAGAAAUUCCACAGGUGAUCGUUAACGGUCUUGUGAAUCCAGAUGCUCCAAACUGUCUUGUGACUGCUUACAAUUGUUGGCAAUUGCUCCAUUCAAAUGAAAUUUUGAAAGCCGAUUUCACUCAGCUAAUUUUUUGCAUUCCUGCCUUAUCCGUGUGGAUACAAAAGUUUCUGAUUGAUCUCUCUGUGUAUGUUGGACAUCAUGACGAAACCCAUAACUUACUACAAUCACAAAAUGCACGGAACAUGACUCAGUUAGAGAAAAAUGUGCGCCUUUUUGGUCUGGCAUUGAUUCAAGGCAACAUCAACGUUCACUUUUUCGAGUUGAUGAACAGUAUUUUACAAAAUCUACCUACUACUAAUGGGUCAUACCUUCAGACUGUGGGCCAUUCUCUAGCACCUCGUGUUUUAUUGUUAAUGCCGUUAACAAAACGCUCGAUCCUUCAUUAUAUUGUUCAAACGCUUAUCAUUCUGCUCAAGGCUAAACUAGGAGAUCCCGAAUGCACCAAUUCCCUUAUGGGCAAUAUGCUGGUUCUGUGUCAGCUAAACUGGCCACACGAGUCAACGAUGGUGGAGAUUAUUUUUGAAAUAAUCAAAUCCCGAAGACAAUUUACUUAUCUCCUAUUUACAAACUACAUAAUCAACGUGGAUAUCAUUGAAGAAUUCAUGUACAUAUGGCAAAACUGUCCUGAUGUAAAAUUAGAAAUUGCAUUACCACAGACCACCAGUAAUUUGGCUGCCGCUGGUUCCAGGCGAAUAGGGACACGAGGCGCGGAUAAGGGUGUGAAGGAAGACUUCAAGCAAAUCAUAAGACAACAGAUAACACGAUGUAACGAGGACCUAGAUGAACUUAUUGUGCAGUUUUUGCAACAGCAGCAUCUAACUAUUCUACAAAACAUAUUUGAGAAAUGAUUCCGGUAUUUCGGUUAAAUUUUAAAUAAAUCCAACAUUUUUACCUUUCA